AUGAGGCCCCAAGAGCCCAUCAAACGGAGACGUGGAAGACCCCCGAAGCAUAACAAGCUGCCUGAAGCCUUUCCCACCCUCACGUUGCAGUUCCAGACCUCCCCUGACUCGGGUUCGCCAACUGCUGAGUCCAACUCGAAUAUGAUGGUGAAAAUGGGCGAACCAGACGCUUUCACCCCAUUGAUGAAAGUUUCACCGUCUAACCCUUCUUCAAGGAAACGCAGACGGAAGAGUACUUACCACUCGGACAUCGACGACUCGCCCAGCAAACGGUCUGUGGCGAGCCAGAGCACCGACUUGGGUUCUGAAGAGCCGCUUUUAACUCCAAUGUCCUUGUCAUCAGUCAACGGUGGGCCGAGCCUGUACGUGAAUGCUAAGACUUUGGAAAACUUGUCCUUCAUCACAAAGGGUGAUUCCAAAAAGCAUCCUAGUUCAAAUUGCUCGCUAGCUACACCUCCGAAACACCAGCCAUAUGAUAAAAACGGUACCUCGCUGGCGAAACUUACCGCAAAAAUCAUCAGGACAUCACAGGAGAAGAAGACCAAUGCGGACGAGCCCAAGGAAAGACUGUCUGGUACUAUGAGCUACGUAGAUGACGACUCAUUUCUGUUCCAGCUUGUCGUUGACGAGAAGGGAAAAGCCGCUUUGUCGAAUAAAGGCAUGUCUGGGUCGAAGACAAUUUCAGACCAUCUCGCAGAGCUUCCUCAUGAAAUGACUCGGCCUUCCGCUUUGCUACACCUGAACACCGCCAUCGGUAUUGAAGCAUGGCACCAAUCAUACAAGGAAGAGGUGCCAAUUGACUUUAACAAGAGAAAGCUUUCAGAACCUGUGAAGCCCAUAUUGCCUUCGUAUGCCACUCUCGUUUCUGGGUCGGAGACAGAUCCACUGCCUGACAAACUCAUUGUCCCACAGACACCUCAAAGCAGUGGGAUUGCCUACAGUGAGACCCCAAUAUUCAUGCAAACGGAUAGCAGUGCUCCUAGCGGGGACUUAGCAUUCAACCUAACACCACAGUUCAAUGCCAUGAUGUAUCUGAUGAUGAAUAUCAAUUCACCACAGCAGAAAAGAAAUUUGUCACUGCAACAAUCUUUCUUGAAUCCCCAAUUGGAUAUGCACCAGUAUUCCAGACUCAAUGGAGGCCUGGCGCAUGCUAUUGAUACCCGGGAAUUACUUGGAAUUCAAGACUCGUCACCAAAGAGCUCGUCAUCUGACGAAGGAGAUGCUCGUGCAGCCCUCCGUAAAGCAUUCAAUAGAGGAAAGUAA